AUGAAGCUGAGAAUAGAUUUGAGGAUUUCAUGCUUGAAUCCAGAAACAGAUGAUCCGGAAAUUCGUCGAAACACGUUAGAAGUAGGCAUUAAGCAAUACGUGUAUCAAGGUGCACACGACAGACAGGAGCUCAAGAAUUGUGAUCCGACUCGAGCCGAGGAGCUAAAUUCAUGUGUUAAUUCAUUGUCAAAUAAAGAAAUCGAGGCUUUUUUCGGCGAGCAAUACACUACCAUAGCGAUGCCAAUUCUGGUAAUCAUUUCAGACGAUGUUAUGAUGAGAUGCGUAUAUUUGCCUUUUGUUGUUGACUUUGCCACUCACGAGGAUUCGUGCGAGAGGCUCAUAGACGACGAUAAAUCACCUUUGACUGCGCCGCGACGCAUUAUUUUCAUUGCCGUUGCAGAUCGCUUGGAUUACUGGUUAUUGCUUAGUCUAAUCAAUUUGGGAAAUUGCUAUUUCGCAUGA